AUGCCAUCUUUGAAUUUUCUCUAUGUUAAUUAUACAAUUUGGAAUGAUUUUCACGCAUGCUUCGACUUCCAAUAUGUUGAUAAUGGAACCAUUUAUAGAACAACAUAUGAAAAUGGAGGAUGGUGGCCAGUAUUCAAAGUUGAUAAUGGACCAGAAACUAAAAUUUUAGGUAACAAUGAUGGCAAAGCAUCAUAUGGUGAUAUUAGUGUAGAAACAAAUAUUACACAUCCAGUAGAAUUUGGUAACAACAGUGAUAAUUUUUAUCUGAUUGAAUUUUUUGCCACAAACAAUCAUCCAACAGAGCCUCAUAAUUUUUCUCUGACUUCUCACACUGAUGUCAUGAUUGCAAAUAAUGACUGGGCAGAAGUUCGAGCUUAUCAAGAUGGUUACAAUUAUAUGAAAGGAUUAACAAUGACGGAUGAACGUUGGACAAAGUACACACUAACUCUUUUAGUACGUGAUGCAUUCAAAGUCGAAAAUGUUGACACUUUUUGGUUUGGACAAUGGGGUGGACGUGUUAAUCUACAUAAGUGGGAUAACACAAAUCGUACAAUCCCGCUUCAAGACAGAGACUCUGCUUUUUCUUUUGGAUGGGUUAACCGAACAAUCAGAGGAGGUAAAACUCUCAGGCUUGCAGUUCUAUUAGGAGUUGGAAGAUAUUUGCCAUCACCUCCGACUGUUACAGUAACAUCGAAUUUCUCUGAAAAAUAUUUACCAAAGCAAAAAUUCAAUGUAACCGGUUUUGUCAAAGCAGAAAAAAAUGUCAACCUUACAUUGAUGUAUAGUUUCAAUGGCGUUGUACAUCCAUAUUUCGAAAAUAAUUAUACAGGUGAAAAUGAGUCAUUCGAACAGAAUUUCGAUAUUCCAUUUGAAACUCCAAUUCAAGUUGGUAAAUAUCCAUUAUAUAUUUGGGCUACAGAUAGUUUAGGUACGUAUUCUAAUAAUUUCACAGUGAAUAUUUUGGUAAACGAAGCUCCAAAAAUCCAAAUUGUUAACAGAAUCAGUGAUAAAUACUUUAUGGGCGGCAAUGUGGAAGUUCUUAGUUUGCUUUGGGAUGACACAAAAGCAAAUAUUCACUACAAAUUCGAUGAUGAUUGGGAUUUUAGUGCAGACAAUACAAUGAUUGAAUGCAACAGGGAGUGGAAGGAAUUUAGAAAGACAUUUCCCCUUAGAGAAACAACACUAUAUUAUGGCUCACACACUCUUUACAUUUGGGCUGAAGAUGAAUGGAAUAUUAAAUCAGAUAUACUCAUUUUCCCAUUCAAUUAUAUCGAGCUGCAUACUCCUGAAAUCAAAAUCGAACAAAAUGAAAUUCCCGAAUUAUUUUACCGUAAUAAUGUUACAAUCACAGGAUACGUCAUGGAUGAGGAUGUUGGAGAUGAUUUGGUUGUGGAAUAUAAGUUACCUGAAUCAAAUCCACUUGAGCCAUUCAAACCAUAUAUUACUUUUAAAAAUACUAAUGGAGAGUGGUAUGAAUUCCAAAUGGAAUAUAUUGUUCACAGAUCUCUUCCAGAAAACAUAACUCAUAAUGUAACAUUUCGGGUUCAUGAUAAUAAAGGUGCAAUUUCAUUUGAUAAAGUGUUCAGCUUCAAAGUAAAGAAACAUACUAUUAUUCCAUUCCCAGAAGUAACACCAAUGCCAACAAUUGAUUUUCCUGUAAUUCCUGAUCCAAUUCCAGUAGACUCAACAACAACUUAUUCAGAAACAAUUACGCAGACGGUUUCAGAAACAGAGGAUUCCAAUGGAGAUAGUGCUGACAUAACAAUUCAAACAACAAAAUAUGUAAUUGUUUUAACAAGGAAAGAUGGAAUCCCAUCGCAAUCUUGA